CCAACCAACAAACUACCAUGACAACACCAACAACAACAACUCUGCAAAUCCAAAUGCAAAUGCAAUCCUCUUUAUGCCUGUCAUCCUCCCCAAAACCAUCAUCAUCAUCAUCAUCAUCAUCAUCAUUUUCUCUCUCAAAUUCCCAGCUCCCAAACAUCCCCAUAUCAAAGCCCCCCACAAACACAAAGAGCCUCCUCCAAAAGCACCCACUCUACGCCCCAACUCACUCCAACCUCUCCCUCCAAACCAAAGAGAAAAUCCUCUGCCUCGAAAUCCUCGGCGUCGACUCCGGCAAAGCCCUCUCCCAAAACCCCGCUCUCCGCUCUGCCUCCCUCCACUCCAUCAACUCCGUCAUCUCCUUCCUGCGCUCCAAAGGGAUCCACCACAAAGACCUCCCCAAGAUCCUCGGAAUGUGCCCCAAAAUCCUCACCUCCGACAUCAUCUCCGACCUCAUCCCUGCCUUCAAUUUCCUAUCCGACAACCUCAAAAUCCCCGACCGCAAUCUCCGCAAGGCCGUCGUAAAAAACCCGAGGCUACUUGCCUCCAGCGCCCAGGACCAGCUCAAGCCUGCGCUCUUCUACCUCCAGCGGCUCGGAUUCUCCGACCUCGAGGCGUUGGCGUACCGCGAUUCCGUCCUCCUCGUGUCGAGCGUGGAGAAGACGCUGAUUCCGAAGCUGAGGUUCCUGGAGAGCUUAGGGAUGUCGAAUGAGGAGGCGGUCGGGAUGGUGCUGAGAUGCCCGGCGCUGUUCACGUUCAGCGUGGAGAACAAUUUCAGGCCCAAGUUUGAGUAUUUCGCGGGAGAGAUGAAGAGGAGACUGGAGGAGCUGAAGGAGUUCCCGCAGUACUUUGCGUUCAGCUUGGAGAAGAGGAUAAAGCCGAGGCAUUUGGAGGUGGUGGAGAGAGGGGUGGAGAUGGGUCUGCCAUUGAUGCUCAAGACCACUGAUGAGGAGUUUAGGGAGCUUAUUAGUCAAGAAAGUGGAUGAAAUCAAUAUCAGUCUAGAUUUUUUUUUUCUUUUUUUUUUGUAAUGGGGUAAAGACUCAAAUAUCUUGUGUAAUUAAGUAAAUUAUUAUUGUAAAUGGGCUUUUUACAAUGGGG